UGUUGUCUUAAUUUCUAAUUGUUUACCACUUGUUUUAUAGUUUGUAGAUUGUUUUUAUUUUAUGUUUUUGUUGUUUGAUGGAAACAAUUUAAGUGAAAAUGUAGAUUUUCACAGCAUUUCUUGAUAUGGAUGGAUUAGAUAUCCAAGAUCUUCAAGCUGUUUUGGGGAGAAGUGACUUUGUGGGAGGAAUUGACAAUGAGGCCUUGGACUUUAGCCAACUUGAAGACUUCAUCAAUGACGACACUGAUGAAAAUCACACAUAUUUCGGAGACACACUGACCAACAAUGAAGGACGUAACCUCGCCACUGUUGUGGACAGUCACAACCAUCUCAAGACAGUUGGUAGUCAGCCUCAGCCAGUGGCCUCGGCAGUGCUCAGCACCCCGUCAUCAUCCUUCCCUCAGCCUACAUCCUCUGUGUUAGUAGAUGGAUCAUCAUACACUCAUCCUCACAGUCUCCCUGAGAGCCCUCCAGACUCUGGAUCCGAGCCCCCCUACUCCCCCCAGGCUCACUCCCCUCAUCAAAAGAAUGGUCCCACCUCAGGACUGACCGAUUUGCUGAUGCAGUCUCCAGUCUAUGGCAAGCCUCCACACACAAUACAUAUCCAGGCUGCUGAUACCAUCCUUGUACAACACCCGUCGGUGCUGACUCCCCUGCUGACCCAUCAGCAGCAGUCUACCCCUCCAGUGAUUCAAAACAACAACACACUAGCCUUAGCUGCAGCUCAUGCUGGUCUGAGCACUACUACUCUAACUGAGGACCAAUCAGACAGUGGCAUUACAACCAUCUACACGUCUCUUCAUCACGGAACGAAGAAACGGAAACUCUCUGAGGAUAAUGUGCGAGUUAAACAGGAAACAGAGCUGUGUGGAGACGAGGAGUUGAGUUUCCAAGAAGGGUCGGGUGAGGGCAGUCUAUAUCUUGACUCCUCUAGCUUCCAGUGUAUUAGGUUUACUCCAUUCCAGCAGCCCAGCUGGCACACUCUCUGUGAUCAGAAUAUCAAGGAGUUACCACCUCCUCACUACAGAGUAGAUGCUGACAAAGGAUUCAACUUUUCUAAUGCUGAUGAUGCAUUUGUAUGCCAGAAGAAGAACCACUUCCAGAUCACCUGCCAUACUCAGCUGCAAGGAGACGCUCAGUUCGUCAAGACUACAGAUGGUUUACGGAAGAUCUCAAGUUUUCACCUCCACUUCUAUGGAGUCAAAGUGGAGUCUCCAUCCCAAACUAUCAAAGUUGAGCAGAGCCAAAGUGAUCGCUCUAAAAAAGCUUUCCAUCCUGUCUUUUCCAGGGUUGAUUUACACGGGGAACAAGUGACUAAGGUGACCGUGGGAAGGCUGCACUUUAGCGAGACAACAUCAAACAACAUGAGGAAGAAGGGCAAACCUAACCCAGACCAGCGAUAUUUCUACCUCGUUGUGGGGCUUCACGCUCAUUGCAGCGACAACACCCACUACCCCAUUGUCUCUCAUGCGUCUGAACGCAUCAUAGUGCGGGCCUUCUUGUUUCAGGCGUCAAACCCAGGCCAGUUUGAGUCGGACGUGGAGCUGUGUUGGCAGCGAGGGGCAGCUGCAGACUCCAUCUAUCACGCAGGCAGAGUGGGUGUUAACACGGACCGGCCUGAUGAGGCAUUGGUGGUUCACGGCAACAUGAAGGUGACUGGACACAUAGUCCAACCUAGCGACUUGCGAGCCAAGCGAGAUAUUCAAGAGUGUGACUCGGCUCAGCAGCUGAUCAAUGUGAGACAACUACGAGUGGUCAAGUACAAGUAUGACCCGGAGUUCAGCAACCACUGCGGUCUGGACACUCAGUCAGACACAGGCAUCAUCGCACAGGAGCUGCGUAACAUUCUGCCUGAAGCAGUGAUGCCUGCGGGAGACGUUGUGUUGCCUAGCGGUACCAGGAUUGACAACUUUCUUGUAGUCAACAAGGAGAGGAUCUUGAUGGAGAGCGUUGGAGCUGUCAAGGAAUUGUGUAAAGUCACGGACAACCUGGAAUCGAGGAUUGGAGAACUUGAGAGGAUCAACAAACGACUCGUCAAGCUCAAGAGACUUGAUAGCUUGAAAUCCAACACUUCUGGAUAUUCUUCAGUAACGGCCAGGACUAAACUGAAGAGUAAACACUGGGAGGAAGAGGAAGAUCACAUUAUCUGCUCUAAUCAGCUGAUCCAAGUCACUAUCGUUAUCUUGAUCCUCAUCAUGGCUAUGUGUCUGAUGGCAAUGGUGGCACUCUAUAUCAUGGAGUAUCAAAAGAGAAAUACAUCAUUUGGAUUCACGGAAAUGGCAAAGAGCAGGUUUAGCAAUGAAAACCUGGGUCAAAGCCGGUUCCGGUCAACUACAAUGACUUCCUACUGGACCUUGGACGUGAGACCAAACAUCUCUGAUUACGUCAACCCUAAAAGUGACCCCAAGUAUUCAGAUGUUUGGUCUUCUGGCAAGAAACAUCCUGGGUCUUUCCCUGGACUUGUUAGGUACCCUCUGUGUGAAAGAGGGUUUAGCAAGAAGGGGUCUUACAGCGGCGGUGGUGGGAGUUUACCAGGAGUUAUGAUAAACACCAACACUCCUUCCUCCCCAGCCAUCAUUGCGUCCAACUGUGGCCUCUCUGACCUUGCUACAUCCUGUCAGACCUUUUGCUGCACUUCCACCUCAGCACCAUCAGAUAAUUCCAUAUCUUACCAGGAGCAGAAUUAUCAGUUUCAAAGGCCUGAUGCUACUCCAGCCACCAAUGCCAUUGAAGAACUUUCAGAAAACGGCUCUCAGGAUGCUCUCAGCAAGGAAGUGGGAACUAAGCAGCAGCGAGAGUGGAUACCUACGAAGGAUAAUUUACUUCCUCACAAGAAACAACCAGCUGAUGACUUCAUUCAACAGGAGAAUUCCUUUUCAUCUUCUGACUUUUCUGCAGCCGUAGAGCGGGGAGGGAUCAGCGUGGUGGUUAUCGGAAGUGCCUACAAUGCAUCAGUGGACCACUGCAGUACCGAUCCUUACCUUCCUCCCCAUAACUUCAGCUGUGCGGAGUCCCUAAACAAUUAUCUACCUGAUCCAAACAUCACCUUGCAUUUCAAGUUCAUUCCUGGAGGCCGAGUGCACUUCUGCCGAGAGACGAGGGUUCACAAGUGUUCAUGGACCAAUCAGGGGGUGCCUACAAUCGAGCAGAUUGCCAAUGAUAGGUUCAGAGUUGACGUGGGUCACUCAUUGGCUGUCAUGCUCAUGUUCCGACUUCCCUACUCAGACUCCUCAGCCCAGACUGUCUGCAGUGAGCCUGACAAGAGGAUUGGAACUUCCUUUGCAGAAUACAACUUGUACCUAUACAGGGCCUGCCAAGGUUAACAUCCGUCCUUCCGUCACCUUAUGUAAUAUCUUUGCAUAUCAGUUUGUCUCAUUUUGAAACCAGAUGAGACAUUUUGUUGCAUUUAUGUGUAUUACGUUACACAUUCUCCAUAUAUUAUUUUUUAUUAUGCAUUUAUUUUUUGUAAUUCCUUUAUUACAUUAUAAUAUUGUGUUCCUGUUUGUUUCUACGUUUGUUAUACCCUAGGCUGUACAUACUUUAUUUCAAAACAGUAAGUAUUUAAAGUUUAUUCGGCUUUUCAGAAUCUCAUUGGUCCAAUUGACACCUCUAAUUGGAAAAGCUCUUGAUAAUUCCCACAAAAAUGUUUUAUCUUAUGAUUCGUUUUGCUACAUCAUUGUAAAUAUAAAGACCAAGUACAAAAUGUUAAAUAAAGAUAUUACUGUAAGGUAAGUGAAUUUAAAGUUAGUCACAUUAGUUCAAAGAGGUUUUGUUAUCUAUAGCCUACAGUGUCAAGAAUCAAGUUGGGAAAACUACAUUUUCCAUGCCAUAACUGUUUCCAUUUCUCUAAAGCUUUUUUCAGUUUACAGUUUAUCAAUAUCUAUGCAUGUAUAUAUCUAACUUUAAUUUAUCACAUUUUAGUUAAAAUUUUUAAUUCCCAUGCUAAAUUCAUUGAAUCCAUUACAUGGAUACUAUCAGUUUUUGUUUCUGAUUUAUACAUGUGUGCAUAUAAAACUGCAUACAAUAUUAUUAGAUAUUUUCAAACGCAAUUUAUAAAUGAUAUUUAAUACAAAAAGUAAUUCUAGAGUAGUAUUUUCUUACGUGCCCAUGUAAAAUUAAACCUAGCUAGUUAUCAAGACAACAAAGUCAAAUGAGCACAACUAAAUCCAUAUGUUGGAGUAUUUUGCUACUGGUAGAGUUAGAUAUGUGCAUGUUCUGUUAGUUAAAUGUACCCAUUGCAUUACGGUAUUACAGUAGAAAUCCAAUUAUCCGAACCUCAACUACUCAAAUAGAUUUUGACUGAAAUAAUAGAAAUCAAGAAAAUAAUAGCAGAAGAGCGUGUAGCGAUAAUAAUAAUACCCCAUUCUGUGACAGUAGCAAUGUGAGCGAAAAUACUCACGCUGUUACUUUCCCGCUCAAUAUUAUUGUUUAAAUACGUCAACUCACUUUGCUCUAGAUUUUCUAACAAGCUAACCCACAUUGAACAGUGAAAUACAUACACUAUACUAUAUUUAAAAGAGCAACUGUAUGUACUGUAUCCAAUUUAACUUUUGUGGUGCAAUUUUAUGAUGAAUAUUUUUAAUACAGUUCACAUACUUUCUAUUCAUUACAUUUAUAGAAACUUUCUCAAUUUAAUUCUGAUUUUUAAAAUGCAUGUUUAUGUUUUUCCCCCAAGGUAUACACAAUUAACUGAAUAUCUGUAUAUCCGAAUCAGCCAAUCCCAAAUCAAUUCAGAUAAUCGUAGUUCUACUGUCUUCAGUUAAGAAUUUCUGUGUAAUUUACAAUAAACUAGCGAAACUUUCUCCAAUAAGUUAGUGUUUUUAACUAAAGUUUAACUUUUAUUAGUUGUAAUAAUGUUUUUAGAUUUGACAAAUCUUUGUCUUUAUCUAAAUAUCAAACAUGUUAUACUUAGCAGUAGCAUUAGAUAGUUUUGAUAAAUGUUUUUAUAACUAAAUUGGAUUUUUCUUUCACAAUCAUUUAUCACAUAGAAAUAUUUACUUAGAAAAUAAUAGCGUGUAAAUAAAUGUUGAUUUACAUUUUGAAUUAAUUUUAAAAAGCAGAGUAUAUACCGUUGUCUUGUUUACAACUAAACAGUGUGUCUUACACGUUGCCUUUUGAAGUUUGAUCGUUUGUUGUAUAUCUACGGUAAUGAAACCAAGCAAUAAAGUCUUACAAUCAGAAAUGACAAUUAUGUACAUGUUAAUAUACAUAAUAAACAACCUAUUAUAAUCAACUAAGUAUUUUAUACUGCUAUUUUGCAGUAUUUUCAACUUUUAAAAAGACGUCUUUGGCUAAGUAGGAUUUGGAGUUAUCAUGUGAUAUUUUAAAUGAGUUAUACAGCAUACUUUAAUGUAGAUUUUCCUUUUAGUGCUAAAAAAACUGGUCUAAUAAAUGUGACUUUUAGUGGUGUCUAAGUUAUAUCAUAAAUAUUCAUUGUAGUAGUUGUUUGUUGUUAUUCAGAAAGUUCUGAGGCAUUUUUAGAUUUAUCUACAAAAGUUAAGUAUGAGUUUAUGCAUUAGAUGUUAACUAUGUACGUACAAAAUAAUACUUUGCAUUUCAUUUUCCUAAUAUUGUUUGCAAUUAUAAUAGAAAGUAACAUAGAAUGUGAUUUUGAUAAAGAUCUUAAGUGUUUUUUUUAUAUUUCUACUAGCAUUUUAAUUUAAAGCCAAUUGAUAUAAACUGUUUGGUUUUGAAUGCUAAAUGUAUAAUGUAAAAAGUUCAUGAAACAAUUCCAAACAAAACAUUCCUUUAAAAAAGAAUCUUUCAUAGUCACACGGCUACCGAUUUUACUUUGAAGAAACCAAAAUCUUAAUGUUAUAACCGUAAAAUUCUAAAAUUAAAUUGAACUUUUUUUUUAUAUUCAAUUUAACUGAAGUAUUUGUGAAAUAUAUUUAGGUAAAUGUACAAUUUUUACAUGAAAUGAGUAAUCUAGUUUUGUUAACUGUUUGGAUUAACAAUAACGUUUAAAUUAGAGCAAUACACAGAACUAAAGCAAUAGAUUAAAAUUUAUUGUAAAUACUAAAUAAUCAUGAAUAUAUUUUCUUUAGUCGUAAUCAUCGUUAUUAGUAGAUACUUAAGCUAUGUGUGCUUUAGUGGUGAAGUAAUCGGUUUCCUUUAUUCCUUCCAUUUAUCAAGCUGACAAAUCAUCUUGUUUGGAUUUGUAAAAUCUAAGGAAUCUCAUCCAUAUUUUCUUUAAGUAUUUUAAAAUUUAAUUUACUUGUCUUUCCAUUUUACAAGGGUACCUUCUCGCUUUAAGUUCCUCCUAAGUUGUUUAGUAUUUCAUGUUUAUACUAGUAGCCAAUUAAGGAUUAACAUCAGUUUAAUCUAAUAUAUUGUAUGGAGUUUAAACAUUCCAUAGGUGUCAUUAGUGGUAAGCAAGAUGUAUGGAGAUGGCUUACUGUAGUGGACAUGUUAAUAUUUUGUUGUUUACAUUUUGUGUUUUUGGAUAAUUUUGUCAAAAAGUCAGUAAAUAUAAAAUUUGUGCCAUUUUACUGAUUGAUACGAACGUCAAUGUUACGAAUCGAAAGUAAGCUUAUGACUCAGCAGUAUAUGAUUAUAGAAAUAAACAACUAAUAUUGCAAUCAAUGUCUGAUUGUCACACAACAGAGCAUCAACAAACACGCCACUAGUGUUGGACUACAAGAGGACACAACAGAGCGUUGGACUACAAGAGGCCACUUUUGAAAUUAAAUUUUUGUUAUGUAUGUAUUAGAUUGUAUAUAUUUCCAAAAAUGGAAACUUCACAUAGAUGUUCCUUUAUUAGAUGCAUUGUGUGUUAAAGAAUUUCUUUUAACCUAAAAAUUCAACUUGUGGUUAAAUUUAAACUUUCAACAGAUAUGAUAUUACUAUAUUUUUAUUUGGUAUUUCUACGUGUUACAUAUAUAUUGAGCUUAUAAGAUAAUCACUAAGAAUAUGUAAUAUUAUAGUGGAUAAAAAUAUUCUAUAGAUUUUCAAAAUAAUUAUUGUCUGUGGUACAAAUGUAAAAUGUCAAAUAAAAAGUGCUAAGAGAGUUA